AUGAAGCCCCCGACUCGAUCCCAAAACCGCAGUGACUCGCAGGCCGCGUCUUCACAGAAGGACCAGAAAUCUAACGUAGAGAAUCAGACCUCGUUGGCGCCGCCUCCACGACCGGGUGCGCCUACCGCGUCUGAUACUCCGGACUACUUCAAUUCCAUGCACAAUCCUUUCUCGCUAGAGCCUAAUCCAUUUGAGCAAUCGUUCGGAGGGAAUCCAGCCGACACCCCAGGCAAAUCGCUCCUUCCCUCUGUCGCUGCCCUCACCUCACCGGCCUUACCUGGAACAAGCUCUGCUAGUGGUUACAAUUGGAACAACUCGCUACGCUCGGGACCUCUUAGUCCGGCUAUGCUCCCAGGGCCCACUGGCCCUAAUGACUACUUCGACAGCAUUGGUCGCGGCUUCCCUACCCCGAACGAGUCUUCCCUUCGUACGGGUCUGACACCUGGCGGUGGAGGCUCCAUGUUCCCGGCCCCCAGUCCAAACUCACAAGCUCUCUUGCAACAACUUCAGAACGGCGGUGCCACUCCUUCUACUAUUGAUUUCCAUCGCACCGCACUCGCAGCAAAGAAGAACAACUCGAAUGCUCCCACCUCCAACCCCAACGAGCAGGAACAGGCUGCUGCCAAUAUGGAUGUAAAACCAGCUCGGCCCGCUGACUUCACUCAGCAUGAUGCGGCUGAUGCGGCGAAUGGACUGUUCAUGCUGGCAAAGGGUGGUCAGGCGAACAAUGCGCCAAUGAACCAUGCCCCAAUGUCAAAUGAUACUCGUGCAGCUGCCCGACGUGUCUCCCAGAACACCAAUGGCACCAGUGCUGAGGAUGCAUCUGACCACGAACCCGCUAAACCCGCUAAGGGCAAGGGCAAGAAGAACACCGCUAAGGCCCCUGCUGCCAAUAAUCGCCGCAAGGCUGAAGACGCCCCGAAGGGAUCCAACAAAAGGUCUAAAUCCAGCAUGGAGAUGCCUUCGGAUAUGGAUGAUGAGGAUGAUGAGGACGAUGAUAUGAAGCAAUUCCCAAUGGAUACUAAGAAGAUGACCGAUGAGGAAAAAAGACGCAAUUUCCUAGAGCGGAAUCGUGUCGCGGCUUUGAAAUGUCGUCAACGGAAGAAGCAGUGGCUGGCUAACCUUCAAAAUAAGGUUGAGCUUUUUACCUCAGAGAAUGAUGCUCUUACUGCUACAGUGACUCAGCUGCGUGAAGAGAUUGUCAACCUCAAGACUCUGUUGCUGGCACACAAAGAUUGCCCGGUCUCUCAGGCCCAGGGGCUCGGCCCCCUUAUGAUGAACGGCAUGUCAGCCGGAUACGAUCACCACGGGUAUAAUAUGCCUCCCAACAUGGGCAUGCAGCCCGGUGGCAUCCCCACACAGGGCAUGCGUCGAUGA